AUGGCCCAGAAAUCCCAAACCGUGACCCAGCCCGAGGACCAGGCAAAUUCGGGCAGUCGCACCUCAUCCGCCGCCAAGGACGGCUCAGGAGCACCAAACUCGGCCAGACAGUCGAAUAGCACCGGUCCCGUCUCGUCAUCUGCCCUGCCACCAAUAUCUGACCCUUCCACAAACCUAACCUCCAAUUCCACAUCUCCGCAGCCCCAACCUCAAACCAUGGAGAAGCAACCAGCCGCUGGCUCGCAGCCCUCGCCUUACGGCACGCGGUCACGGAACCGAACCGGCGCGGCUCGACCAAAUUAUGCCGAGGACAAGGACCUCGAUCUGGACAUUUACGACGUGUAUCCCCAGCGGAAAGAGGACGACUCCAAAAAACCGAGCAACAAGCAGCAAGGCGCAUCAUCGUCAACUGCAGCAUCGGCCAAUUCAUCACAGCCAGCCCCCCGCCCUGGCAAUGGAUCCUCCAGAAAGCCACUUCCAGAUGACAGCAGGUCGCACAACGGCACCAAGGAUCAACAACCCAACAGCAAGACACCGGUAGCGCCUUCAUCAACAUCAUCAUCAUCAACUACCGCCAAUGGCACCAGCGCGGCAAACGGAGUUUCAAAAGGAAAGAAACGAAAGGUCACCGACACCGCCUCAACGGCCAGCGGCAGCCAAACGCCCUCUGCGCCAAAUGGUGCCGUGUCCUCAUCGGCACUGCAGAAACGCCCAGCAACCAGCGGGCAAGCGAGUGGAAAUUUCAUGGCUAGCGGAAUCGCCUAUGGCGAGACAAAUCUGCUCACCUUUGAGAAUUGCAAGUCACGGCCCAAGGAUGGGAAAAUGGUUGCCGACGAUGGCACAGUGCUUGGGGUUAAUGAUCACGUCUAUUUGGUUUGCGAGCCACCAGGCGAGCCCUACUACUUAGGCCGCAUCAUGGAGUUCUUGCACGUCAAGAGCAACCCAACACUGCCAAUCGACGCGCUGCGCAUCAAUUGGUACUACCGGCCCAAGGACAUUGGGCGCAAGGUGCAAGACACGCGCCUUGUUUUCGCCACGAUGCACUCUGACAUUAGCCCUCUGACGUCGCUGCGAGGCAAGUGUCAAAUUCGGCACAAGGCCGAGAUCCAGGACCUGGCGGCCUACAAGCGGACGCCCGACUGCUUCUGGUAUGAGAAGCUGUAUGACCGGUACAUCCAGAAGAACUACGAGGUGAUUCCGACGAGCCAAGUCAUCAACGUGCCCGAGCACGUCAAGAAGGUGCUGGACGAGCGGUGGAAAUAUGUCUUGACCGAGCAGGGCCGGGGCAAGGAGCUGACCAGUGCGGUCAAGACUUGCAAGCGAUGCACCACCUACUGCGCGAACAACGAUUCGGUGGACUGUGCCGUGUGUCAAAACACGUACCACAUGAACUGCGUCAAGCCACCCUUGCUCAAAAAGCCAAGCCGUGGCUUUGCAUGGUCCUGCGCCUCGUGCAGCCGCGCCCAGGAGCGCAAACUUGAAGCCCGCAACACGCCCAACGUUUCGGAUCGUCAUGCCGAACAUGUCGAGGGCGAAGACGACGAGGGCGUUGAGGAUGAGGACGAGGAGAUAGGCGGUGUCGGUGGGGUCGACACGGGACGUACGAGUCGCACAAGCCCAGUCGACGAGCACCUCCACCCGGCCCCGACGGCCGAGCAAAUCUACCAUGCCAGCUUGUGGCCAUAUCGAUACCUUGGAAUCCACUGCAAGGUCGAGGACGCCCUGGACCUGGACGACCGCAUCUUCCCCCGCGCGAGCACGCGGCUAGGCCUUCGCCACCAGGCCAUCGUGCCUCCGUGGUUCGGCCGCCCCGUGCAAUACGUCAAGCCUCUCGAGUUUAAGAAGUCGGGCAAGAAUGGGAAGUACACCAAGGAACAACAGGCCGCGCUCGAGGCCGAGCGCAUCGAGAAGGAGAAGCGCCCCAAGUGGAUCCAGGAUGAGCCUCCGGGAUACAUCGAACGUGGCGGCGACGAUACGUCGACGCUCCUCUAUAAGCCGCCCGAGGAGUGCGGCGUGAGUAUGUCGAGUGACGCGCUUGACGACUACAUGGCCACGGCCAGAUCAAUGGCGGUCUCGCUUGGGUUACCCCCACGCUCCACCAACCUCCAGGACGUUGCGAGGGACCUCCUCUUCCGCAACGGGUUCGACCCAAAGAAGGCUCUCGAGGCGCUAGCCAAGGUCCCCAAGGCCGAAUUCAAGGAGCCCGAGCUGAGCCCCGCGGAGCAAAAGAAGUUUGAAGAGGCCGUCGCCAAGUUUGGGUCCGAACUGCACAGCGUAAAGAAGCAUGUCAAGACUCUAAGCGCCGCGACUAUUACCCGCUACUAUUACACCUGGAAGAAGACAGAACGAGGAAAGCAGAUCUGGGACAACUUUUCCGGUCGAAAGGGCAAGAAGGACGCCAAAAAAGCCGAGGCCGCUGCGAACAAGCUUGCAGAUGAUGUCGCCGAUGACCACGACGAUUCUGCCUUCGACGCGGAUAAGGCACGGGAGAAAAAGAAGUCUUUCGUGUGCAAGUUCUGCGGCACCAAGAAGUCACGCAAAUGGCGGCGGGCUCCGGCCGCAGCAGUAACGCCCGUGACUGAGAAUGGCGGCAAAGGCUCCAACAAGGACAAGAAGGAGCAAUAUAUCCAAGCACUCUGCAGGCGAUGUGCUGAGCUGUGGCGGCGGUAUGCCAUCCAGUGGGAGGACCUCGAGGAGGCGGCCAAGAAGGUGGCCCAAGCGGGCGGGCGGGGAUGGAGGCGCAGGGUCGAUGAGGAUCUCUACCGGGAACUCCUCUCAGCCGACGAGUUGAUGAACAACACCCGGUCUCCAACACCCGACGCGGCCGAGACGGACAGCCCAGCAACGUCUCUCAGUGGGCAAGCCGCCGCAGCCGAGCCACCUCGGAAGAAGCUGAAGAGCAGCUUGGUCGACAAGGAUACCGAAAAGACCCCAUCCGAGACUGGCAGCGUGGCUGGCGGUCUGUCUUCGAAAAAGAAGGAGAAAGUGGCCGAGAAGUCACAGCCACAGCAAGCACCGGCACCGCCGCCUGUCCCCGACAUUCCAAAGCCGCGGACGUUACCCUGUGCUAUCUGCGGGGAGCUGGAGCCGAUGGGCGAUGACCAUUUAUCCUGCCGGGAGUGCCGGCUCACUGUGCACCGGAACUGCUAUGGCGUCGUUGAUAACCGAGCUCCGGGCAAGUGGACUUGCGACAUGUGUUUGAAUGACAAGAAUCCCCAGCUGUCGAUUCACUACAAGUGUGUCCUCUGCCCAGUGGAAUACACGCAGCACGACUUUGUUGAGCCGCCCAAGAUUUCCAAUUCCCACAAGAAGAAGACGGAGAAGGAGCGGGAGCGGGAGCGCAUGGAACGCGAGAACGCUCAGAGAGCAGCCGAUUUCUACCGCAAGAAGCAGGAGGAGAUGAAUCGCCCUGUCAAUCCCCGAGAACCCCUGAAGCGGACAGCCGACAACAACUGGGUACACGCCAGCUGCGCUAUCUGGACACCUGAGGUCAAGUUUGGCAACGCCAAGGCGCUCAGUCCCAGUGAGGGAAUCCCCCUGAUCCCGCGGCCGAGGUACGCAGAAGUGUGCAAGGUCUGCAAGACGGACAGGGGAGCAUGCGUCUACUGCCACCACUGUCACGCCCCGGUCCACGUGGAGUGUGCUCGCCAAGCCGGCUAUGUCUUGGGCUUCGAAGUCAUGCCGGUGAAGGGCUCCCGCCGGGACCAGUUCCGCAUCGUCACAAUCAAUGGGGAGAGUGGUGCGAUGUCAGCCGGCGUAUGGUGCAAGGACCACGUGCCGACCAAGACAACGGUUCAUCGGAUGCAUGAAAACGUGGCCGAGGCCGGGACAAAUGCGCUCCAGGUCUUUGUGCAGAACUUUAAACAGGCCGAUCUGACCCUGACAGGCUGCGCGAGAAAGGCGAACCAGAUCACGGUCGCCUCGAAGAUGUCAACUCUCCCUGCAUCGGCCACAGCCCACCAAAACCGGCGGGGCUCAGCCGGCGCCGUGAUCAAUGGCGACCACGAAGACCUGUCGAGCGUUAUGCAGCCAGGCGGCAAGAUCUGCUUGACGUGCGGCGUCGACGUCAGCCCCAAAUGGCACCCCAUCGACCAGUCGCAGGACUGUGGCAUUACAAAUGGCUACUACGGCAACAUCGGUUCAGAGGCGCAAAAGUUUGUUGAGCAGCGAAGCUUUCAGUGCCACAAGUGCAAGAAAGCCGGCCGGCAACCAGUCCUGCACACGCAGCCGGCGAGAGAGCCGUCGCCUUCUCCUGAGCCAGCCCGUCAAGCUUCGCAGGCAGCCGCAGCGAUAUUGCCCCCAGUUCGGCCUGACGAGCCGAGGCAUUCCAGCAGAGUGCCGUACGGUUGGCCUCCCGUUCCGGGCCCCUCGCCCCCCGUGCAGGCCCCGCUUCUUCAAGCACCGGCACCGGGCCCUAUUGCUUUGCCCAUCGCGCCUCCUGCAGUGCAGGCUCCGCCAGUGGCACCGCCUCCGCUACCGCCGAGUAUCGCCCCGCGGGCGCCGGCUGUCCAGCCUCCUCCGGCAUACGCAUCGCCGCGGCCUUUCGACUGGCACCGGCCAACAACGGGCCAUGGCCCGCCGCCGCUGCAUCCAUCACGGGAGAUCAACGGCGGCCCAUCCCCUCCGCCAUCCUCCAUGCCGCCUUUCGGGCCACCCAACCACCUGCGGCCUCCUCCGAUUAGCAUCCCGCACCCUCCCGCGCAGUCUCCGCCAAACGGGCACAUGACGCAGCCGCCCUUCGUCAACGGCAUCUCGCACCCCCCAUCGCCCAGACGUGUCAGCGGCCCGCCCCCUCCUCCCCCGCCCGCGAACGUACCGGGUCCAUACCAUCCCCACCACAGCCAUCCCCCUCCUUCCGACCUGCGGCCGCACCACAUGCCACCACCGCCCUUGAACCCGAUGCCGCCAGUCCUCGCGGGUUCUGGUGGGGUUCCUGGCGCGGUGCCCGGACCGGAGGGGCCGCCGCCUCCGCCGCCGAACUAUCUUAGGCAGUGGGGCCAUCACCACCACCCCCAUCCUGCUCACCACCAUCACGGCAGUCCUCCACCGCCGCCAAUGAGGGAGAUGAGAGAUGGUCCGCCGCCGAUGGAUCGGGGCCAUCAUCACGAGCAGCCCAUACCGCCCCCGCAGCAGCAUAGGGAGGGCAGACCUGCUAGCGGGGCAAGUGCGAGUCCCUCGUUGAGGAACCUGCUCUCUUAG